UCUAGACAGAUUUGUAUCUUCCUACUGUCUACCUACACUGGUGGAGAGCCUGCUGAAAGUGCAAGAUGGUUCUAUACUUGGUUACAGGAUACCGUAUCUGAUUUUAGGGUUCAGAAAACUCUAUUGAGUAAAUUAAAUUACGCUGUAUUUGGUCUUGGUAACUCAGUCUACCAAGAACAUUUUAAUUCGGUUGCUAAGGAUACUGAUAGUUGGCUUCAUAAAUUACAUGGAAAUCGAAUUUUACCCCUUGGCAUCGGUGAUAAUAACGUAGUGCAAAGUGAAAAUGGAGGCCUUGAAGAAGAUUUCGUGGCUUGGAAAGGAAGGAUUUUAAGAGUUCUCAACUUAGAAAUUACUCCUAGUCAUAAACCUGUCGAUAAUGAAGUCAACGUUGCCCCUUCAAAAAUAAAGGUAAAAGAGAAUGUAAUACACGAAGGAAAGAUUACAAGUGAAUCUAGCGAUAACAGCGAAGAUGAAGAGACAAUUGCAAUGAAAAAAAACUCUACUAUCCCGAUAAAAAAUGAUGUCGUUGAUGUCGAAGACUUAGGGGUGAUGCUGAAUAAUUUAGGGAAGGCAAAGGCAGAUAGAGAACUUGAAGUAAGCACACUACAGCGUGUCCAAGCUGGGCCAAAAACAUCAAUAUCCUCCUUAAAGAAAGCUGAGUUAAGAGAUAUGGUAACCCCAUCCCUAAAAGAGGCACUAAGCAAGCAAGGAUAUAAAAUUAUCGGAUCUCAUUCCGGCGUUAAGCUUUGCCGCUGGACGAAGUCAAUGUUACGAGGACGGGGUGGUUGCUAUAAGCAUACGUUUUAUGGAAUUGAGAGUCACAGAUGCAUGGAAACAACGCCCAGUCUUGCUUGCGCAAAUAAAUGUGUUUUUUGUUGGCGUCAUCACACGAACCCAGUUGGUACUGAAUGGCGAUGGAAAAUGGAUGACCCAGAAAAAAUCUUUAAUGAAGCACUUAAAAAUCAUUAUGGCUUGAUAAAGCAAUUCAAAGGCAAGUUAGGACAUUUAAGAAUUCGCACUAUAAUUUUAUUUUGUAAGCAUAACGGAAAAAAUCUCACGGAUUUCUUAGGCGUUCCAGGGGUACAAACAGAAAGAUUCAAAGAGGCCAUGGAAGUUAAACAUUGUGCUUUAUCUUUAGUCGGAGAGCCAAUAAUGUAUCCAGAAAUAAAUAAAUUUAUUGAACUUCUACAUGGAAAGGAAAUUUCCAGUUUUCUUGUGACUAACGCACAAUUUCCAAAUGCUAUUAGAGAUCUUACGCCCGUAACGCAAUUGUAUGUGAGCGUAGAUGCCAGUACUAAAGAAAGUUUGAAAAAGAUUGAUCGGCCGCUAUUUAAAGACUUUUGGCCUCGAUUUCUUAAAAGCCUUUCCGCCUUAUCAGAGAAGGGUCAACGGACAGUUUAUCGAUUAACUCUCGUGAAAGCGUGGAAUGCUGAAGAAAUUGAGGCAUAUGCAAAUCUUGUCGGGUACGGGAAUCCAGAUUUUAUCGAGGUUAAGGGAGUAACAUAUUGCGGCGAAUCAAAAGCUUCUAAGCUAACAAUGGAAAAUAUUCCUUGGCAUCAAGAAGUUUUAUCAUUUACAGACAAAUUAGUUGAUAAUCUUCCGGAAUAUGAAAUUGCUUGCGAGCACGAGCAUUCAAAUUGCGUUCUGGUUGCACAUAAGAAGUUUAAGGUUCAUGGCAGAUGGCACACUUGGAUUGAUUACGCGAAGUUUCAUAAACUGAUUGCUGAAUUUGCCUCCAAUGGAGGUAAGAAUUUCGACGCAAGUGAUUAUAUGGCAUUGACACCUGACUGGGCUGUUAUCGGGCACCCAGCUCACGGAUUUGAUCCAGUGGAAACAAGAUGGCAUAGAAAGAAAAAUAAUAAAGAUAUUGGUGGUUGUUGA